CCUGGUCCUUUCACCACCCUCUCCUCCACCGGCGAGAACAAGUGAGCUUUGAACCGGCUUCUCCAUGGCCUGAGCGCCAGUUCCCGGCCGAGCCAUUUUCUUUUUGGCUGAAAGCCCCUACCCGGAGGCAGAUUCGUCGCGGCGGCGGUGGAGAUCGCAGGUCGCUCAGCUUUCUCCCAGGCUUGCAGAUGGGUCAGGGGCUGUGGAGAGUGGCCAGAAACCAGCAGCUACAACAGGAAAGUUAUAGUGAGCAAGGCUACCUCACCAGAGAGCAGAGCAGGAGAAUGGCUGCAAGCAACAUUUCUAACACCAAUCAUCGUAAACAAGUCCAAGGAGGCAUUGACAUAUAUCAUCUUUUGAAGGCAAGAAAAUCUAAAGAACAGGAAGGAUUCAUUAAUUUGGAAAUGUUACCUCCUGAGCUAAGCUUUACCAUCUUGUCCUACCUUAAUGCAACUGACCUCUGCUUGGCUUCAUGUGUUUGGCAGGACCUCGCUAAUGAUGAACUUCUCUGGCAAGGGUUGUGCAAAUCCACUUGGGGUCACUGUUCCAUAUACAAUAAGAACCCACCUUUAGGAUUUUCCUUUAGAAAAUUGUAUAUGCAGCUGGAUGAAGGCAGCCUCACCUUUAAUGCCAACCCAGAUGAGGGAGUGAACUACUUUAUGUCCAAGGGUAUCCUAGAUGAUUCACCGAAGGAAAUAGCAAAGUUUAUCUUCUGCACGAGAACACUAAAUUGGAAAAAACUGAGAAUCUAUCUUGAUGAAAGGAGAGAUGUCUUGGAUGACCUUGUAACACUGCAUAAUUUUAGAAAUCAAUUCUUGCCAAAUGCACUGAGAGAAUUUUUUCGUCAUAUCCAUGCCCCUGAAGAGCGUGGGGAGUAUCUUGAAACUCUUAUCACAAAGUUCUCACAUAGGUUCUGUGCUUGUAACCCUGAUUUAAUGCGAGAACUUGGCCUUAGUCCUGAUGCUGUUUAUGUACUAUGCUACUCUUUGAUUCUACUUUCCAUUGACCUCAGUAGCCCUCAUGUGAAGAAUAAAAUGUCAAAAAGAGAAUUUAUUCGAAAUACCCGUCGCGCUGCUCAAAACAUUAGUGAAGAUUUUGUAGGGCACCUUUAUGACAACAUCUACCUUAUUGGCCAUGUGGCUGCAUAAAAGCACAAUUGCUAGGACUUCAACUUUUGACUUUAGACUAAAGCUACCCAAGGACCUAUUUAUCAAAUAUGGAGGUUACGUCAGUGCUGGUCAUUCUAGCCUGUGUAUACAAUCAAGCUUGAGUGUACAACAUAUUUUUCUUUUGCUAUUUUCUUUUUUAGUAAUUUUCUUGGGGAACUAAAUAAUUUUGCAGAAUUUUUCCUUAUUUUGCCUAUCAUGUUUUGCACAAAACAGAGCCAUUGUCUGACACAGCUGUUAAGGAAGGUUAAACUGAAUUAUACUCUAAAAGAUGGUGUAUUUGUGCAAUUAGAUUUGCCUGAAAAACUUUAUCCAUUUUCAUUCUUUUUAAAAAAUACCAUGUAAUGUGUACAUAUUUAAGUAAAGAGAUUUAUAAUCAUAAUUAUUUUAUUGUAAUGGUUUAAACUAAAGUUUUUCCUUUUCUCUCAAA